AUGGGAAAGAGCAAGAACGGCGGCAGCGACGCUAGCGACAAGCAGCAGCCGGCUCCGCUCACCAGCGACUCGAAAACAGCGGAUCGCAGCUUUGCAGCGUACCCUGUGCCGUCGAAACUGGCGGCUUCAUCCAGUACUCCGUACCAGCGCAACAGCUGGCUGACCAGCGUCGAUGGCCCGGCAAUGGCGGUGCUGACGGUUCUGUGCGCGGUCACGCGGCUGUACCAGAUCGGCAAGCGGGCGACCGUGACGUGGGAUGAAUCUCACUUUGGCAAGUUUGGCGCAUAUUACCUGAACCGCACGUUCUAUCACGACGUGCAUCCGCCGCUGGCCAAGAUGCUGAUUGGGUUCUCGGAGUUCCUGGCCGGCCACAACGGCACGUUCAACUUCAAGGGCGACUACCCCAGCUAUGUCAACUACAAGUUUAUGCGCAUGUUCACAGCGAUGUUUGGCAUUGGGCUGGCGCCGCUGGCCUACCUGACGUGUCUGCAGCUCAACAUGUCGCGCAAGAUGUGCACCUUGGCGGCGCUGUUUGUGAUCCUGGACAACGGGCUGUGUGUGAUGAGCCGGUUUAUUCUGCUGGACGAGCCUCUGCUGUUCUUCACGGCGGCCUCGCUGUGCUCCAUCGCUGGAUUCCAGAACAGCCGCCAUAAGGCGUUUUCGUGUGCGUGGUGGCGCUGGCUCUUGCUGACUGGUGCGUCGCUGGGCUGCGUGUCGAGCUCCAAGUGGGUCGGGUUCCUGGCAGUUGCGCUGGUGGGUCUGUACACGAUCGAGGAGCUGUUCAACAUGUACACCGAGUUCGUGCCGGUCAAGACCGUCGCCAAGCACUUUAUUGCGCGUGUUGUCGGGCUGAUUGCUGUGCCGCUGGUCAUCUACCUUGCAUGCUUCAAAAUCCACUUCACGGUGCUAAACAAGACUGGACCUGGCGAUGCCACGAUGCCGCCUGCAUUCCAGGCGCGUCUGCGCGGCAGCCCGCUGAGCUCGCAGCCGUUCGAGAUCAUGUAUGGCUCAGAGCUGAACCUGCGCUCAAUGCACCCUGGCUCGGGACUCUUGCACUCGCAUCCGCACAAGUACCCGGAGGGCUCGCAGCAGCAGCAGAUUACGUGCUACGGACACAAGGACUCGAACAACAACUUUGUUCUGGUGAAGCCGGCUGGGCAGGAGUUCAACUACACGGCAGAGCCGCUGGUUGCGGUGCGUGACGGCGAUAUCGUGCGGCUGCAGCACAAGCAGACCAAGGCCAUGCUUCAUUCACAUCGGGCACACAAAGCCCCGAUUACCACGCGGGAUUUUGAGGUCACGGCGUACGGCAAGCCUCAGUGGAAGGACCCAAACAACGACUGGCGCAUCGAGAUUGUCAAGGAGGAGAGCACAGUGCAGGACAAGAACCUGCACACGAUCACCACGCAGUUCCGUCUGCGCCAUGCCAAGAUCGGAUGUCUGCUGACUGCGGCUGCCGUCAAGCUGCCCUCGUGGGGCUUCCGCCAGACCGAGGUGUCGUGCAGCCCGGCCAACAACCUGAAUGCGCCGGCUAGCCUGUGGGUGGUCGAGAAGCACAUCAACAAGCGUGUGCCCAGCGUCGACAUGCGGCCCAGGGUGCGCUCGAGCUUCCUUAGGGAUUUUGUGCGGCUCAACAUCGAGAUGGCGCGCUCCAACAAUGCGCUGGUUCCGGACCACGACAAGUACAACCACCUGGAGAGCGGACCGAUCACGUGGCCGUUCCUGGUGUAUCCGAUGCGCAUGCUCGGAUCGUGGAAGAAGGGCGACAUCAAGUACUACGAGAUCGGCAACCCUGUGCUGUGGUGGUCGUCGACUCUGGCCUGCCUGCUAUUCCCGCUGCAGCUGGCAUACUAUGCGGCGCGCCGUAUGCGCGGAUGCAGCGACUGGGCAUCACCCGAGGAGGAGCUGCACUUUUGGAAUGUCAGCAAGCUGCUGUGGGGCGGCUGGGCCCUCCACUAUCUGCCGUUCUUCCUGAUGGGGCGCGUCACCUACAUCCACCACUACCUGCCAGCCCUGUACUUUGCGCUGCUGUUCCUGGCGUUCCAGAUCGACCAGUUCAGCAAGCGGUGGUUUGGCGGCAAGCUGGCGACCGGCAUCCAGUUUGUGUGGGCGCUUGUGGCGGUGUCGGUGUUCUACUGGUUUGCACCGCUGACGUUCGGGAUAUACCGGUGGCUGCCGACGUGGAACAUCUACAAGGAUCCGUUCGCGCUAUAGAAUUUUCUUU